CAUGGCCCAAGCUUGACUUGCAUCCACAUUGACCGCCACAACAGCCACCAAACGCCUUCGAUCGAGCGACAACGUUCCCCUCCUCCAACCACAACACCUCACACCCCCGCCUCAAUUCUAGGUAGCCAAACAACCGAAUUCCGUCACAAACCGAAGGCUACAUACACCUUGCAUACUGCCUUGGACAAACAUACCGAAGAAAAGCGAACCACGUCGUCCAACAUGAAGCUCCUCGUCUCCCUGUCCCUCCUGGCCUCGGCCGCCGUGACCGUUCUUGCGGCCGAUGAGCUUGGUAUCGAAGUCACUCAGGCAGUCAACUGCGAGCGCAAGACCAAGAAUGGCGAUAUGGUGCACAUGCACUACAAGGGCACACUCCAGUCCACCGGCGACAAGUUCGAUGCCAGCUACGAUCGGGGCACUCCCUUGGCCUUCCCACUUGGAACCGGCCGAGUGAUUAAGGGCUGGGAUCAAGGAUUGUUGGACAUGUGCAUUGGCGAGAAGAGGACAUUGACCAUCCCACCAUCGCUGGGCUACGGUGACGGAGGCAUUGGUCCCAUCCCGGGCGGCGCAACACUGAUCUUUGAAACCGAGCUCGUCUCCAUCGAUGGCGUCGAGACGCCCGAGAAGAUUGACUACGUCAGCAAGGCCGAGGAGGCCGCCUCAAAGGCCACUGAGAAGGUUGCCGAGAAGGUUGCGGACAAGAUCAAGGAGGCCGCAGAGGUUGUCAAGACUGUCGUUGCUGACUCUGAUGACGCCGGCCAGGAGCACAACGAGCUCUAGGCUAGCAGCUUGUCACACCCAGUUUGUUUACCUGACAGGUUCGCGUGGAUCUCGAGGCUAUGUCGGAGGACUUGGCUAUUCAAUCAUAUGCCAUUACGUUUCACAAUUAGUCCGGUGUGCGCAUACUUUCGAUGCUGCACAAGUCCCAGCCGGAAGUUCUUCCCGAUCCUGUUAGUUUGUGUAGCUCUGACGAAACAUAAUACACGCCGGUUUCUUUACAUGAGCAUUAUCCGGGAA